GUAAAAUCAGCAUGUAUUUUAUUAGUUCAUUUUCUUAUUCAGCAGAUAUGAUUUGCAUAAUACAAUAAGCAGCCAGAUAGAAAAAAAUGUUGUUUAUAUAUAUUUAUGCGUGUGUGUUUCAAAAGUCUGAAUGCUUUCUGCAUUCAGUUGCAACCAGGUGCAACUAUGUGUCAGAGGUCAGUACUAGUUCGCUGGGCGUACAGUUAAAAUGGUUUGCAUAUUCUUUAAGAUUGUAUGUAAAACAUUAUGUUACACUGCGUACACAUGACACUGUCAUAAAUUUAUAGACACUGUAGGAUAAAAACUUUGGAUAAUCAAGUGCCCUGUCCUUUGUUAAACAGCAGCCUGUGUUUGGUAUCUAUUUGCAUUAGUACCAGCCACCAUCACUGCCACCACCCAGAGGCUGACAGUAUUUAACUCCAACCCUCAUUUUCAGGAGAAAGGUUCAGUCUACCUUCUACUUUGCUGUGAGAGCUGUCUCAAAGGAAGGAUGGGUUUUUUUUUCAUCACUGUUCAGGUUUAUCAGUGUUCUCUUCUAUGGACAGAUCACUACUGACUUUAAACCAUGCAUUGAAUUUUUCUACGCAGAAACGAUACCACAGGGCAUCAGUGGAGACGGCUACCAGGCAUUAUGUCAGUACUAUGAAAGUCAAUACCACUUUGCCACCCUGUAUGACAGAAACCGUCGUAUACCAUUGUUCUCUGCGUAUAUACUCAGUCCUGGAGAGGGAUCUAGGCCCACAAAUACAAACUGGAUGAUUGAACCACGGCUGGUAUCAGACGAAUUCAACACAGGAAUGAAGUACCAAGGAGAUCCUGACCAAAAUGUGAAGAACAGCCAGGCAGUCAAUGAAGACUAUAAACACUCUGGUUAUACGAGAGGCCACCUCGCCCCCAGUGGUCACCAACAGACAGAAGAAGACAAAAAGGCUACCUUCACCCUGACAAAUAUUGUUCCUCAAAUGGAAAAGUUCAAUAACGGCCCCUGGAAAAAUCUGGAAGAAAGGAUGGCAGAAAGACUUAAAGUCUGCACAUCAAAAAUGUAUGUUAUCACUGGAGUCAUGCCUUAUAAGGAAGAUGAACCCAAGAUCAAUAACAGGGUGACUGUUCCUGAGUACUUUUGGACUGCUUACUGCUGCCCAACGCUCACAGCUGGACUGCAGAAUUACUUUCCUACUUUUGCUGCAGUGGGAAGAAAUGAUCCCAACAGUAAAGAUGACAUUGUGAAAAAAAACACAGAAGAUGGCCAUGAUGUGAUGGAGAUGUCCUUGGAGGACCUGGAGAAGAACCUGCAAAAAAGGCUAAAGAUGCCUAAAAUGAGUCUCUUUAAAAAUGAAUGUUAUCCAGGCCCCACCCUGGAGCCCGGUCUUGGGGACAGUUACAUGUGUCAAUCCUCCUGUGGACCCUCCGUCCACAGAAAGGCCACGAGCUUCUAG